AUGACCACCAUUGACGAGCUCGACGAGCUCGCCUUUGUCAACUGGGACGCCGCCGCGCCCUCCACCGGCCACGCCCUUCCUCCUGCCUCAUCUGCCGGUCUCCAUCCUCCUACUGCCGCACACCACACUAUGGCCACCAUGAUGGACGCUUCCGUCGUCGCGGCCGGUGCCCAGGACCCUAACCUCGACCUCGUCUUCAGCAAUGUUGAUGGCGACGACUUCUCCUUCUGGGCCCUAGAGCACUUUGACGCAACCCAGCUCCCGGGGACAGACCUCAACGACCCUUCAUCCGCAGAGCUUGACAUGGAGCCCGCCCUGAGCCAAAUGUACUGGGUCCUCCCCGAUUCCCCCUGUGGCCACUGUGCUGUCGGCAACUACCAGUGCAAGCUCAUCAAGGAGGGUAAGUACAAGGGCUACUGCACGAGUUGCGUCGCCCUCCGUUGCGAAUGCAGCUUCGGCCCUUCAGUCCACAACCUCGCGGCAGAAGCCGGCGAGACCUUCCCUGCCAACCCCUGGGUGAUCAUGGGCGAUAGGCCCGCGACGUCCAUCCUGCUCGAGGACGACCUCCUCAAUGUCACACAGCCGGCGCCUGGCCUGGCCGCCGUUCAAGAUGAGUCCGUGGAGAAAUCACCUCCGCGGCCACAGGACAUGCCCAAGAUUGGAGCGAGGUUUUCUCGCGAGUCUGUCAAAAUCCUCAAGAACUGGGUAUCCACGCACAGCCGCCACCCUUACCCAACAGAGGAGGAGAAGGAGACAUUGCAGAAGAUGACGGGGUUGAACAAGACACAAAUCACCAACUGGUUGGCGAAUGCUCGAAGGCGUGGCAAGAUCCACGUCACCCGCGCCGUAUCCCCGCACAUUGGCCGAGGCUAUGCUCAAGCUGUUGAUAUCCCUCAGCGCCGCGAUUCUGCAGGCCGCAUUCAGGACAUGAACCCCCUGCAGCGUUGGCAGAACUCGCCGCCAGAGAACGAACCCGCGUCGGUAACGGCUAUCGCGCGCGCCGUGUCAGCGUCAGGGUCUCUCUCAGAGCGAGGAGCGUCUGGCUCGGGCCGGACAAGUCCUUGGAUCUCCAAUUACUCGGACGAUGGCUCCAACAGGUCGCUCUGCAAUCAGUCCUCCGUGUCCAGUUGGGGAACUUCUCACUCGAGUGGUGGUUCAUUUGCUUCUGCGUUUUCGCAUAAGUCUCACGGCUCUGGUGGAUCUAUCCCCUCCUUUGUGAGGUCAAGCCGUGGCCGCAGGCGGCGGAGAAGGGCGCAGCCCAAGGCUGCAGAUGAGGGCUUCACUACGCAGGCGAUCAAGACUUUCCAAUGUACUUUCUGCACAGAGACGUUCCGCACAAAGCACGAUUGGCAGCGCCAUGAGAAAUCCCUUCACCUGUCUCUUGAGCGGUGGGUGUGCUCGCCUGAUGGGCCGACCUAUCUCAACACGGACACAGGGCUAGUCAGCUGCGUCUUCUGCGGCGAGGCCAACCCAGACGAAGCCCAUGUCGACUCACAUAACUUCUCGAGCUGCACGGAGCGUACGCAAACUGAGCGUACAUUUUACCGGAAGGACCAUCUCCGCCAACAUCUCAAGUUGGUACACAAUGUCAAGUUCCUGGCCUCGCCUAUGGAAAAGUGGCGAGUCAGCUCGCCUGAGAUUAGGUCGCGGUGCGGUUUCUGCGGGAUCGUGCUGGAAAGCUGGUCGGCCCGCACCGACCAUUUGGCCGAGCACUUCAAGACUGGUUACACAAUGGCCGACUGGAAGGGUGACUGGGGUUUUGACGCCGAGUUCCUGGACCUGGUCGAAAAUGCGGUGCCCCCUUAUCUCAUUGACGAGGAACGGAAAUCGCCAUUCCCGUUCAUGGCGAGCCGGGCUGGCCCUGAGUCACCGAGCAACGCGUAUGAGCUGAUCAAGACAGAGAUGCAAUACUGGAUGGCCCACUUUGCCGAGGAGCAAGGCAGACCUGCGACUGAUGCCGAGAAACGUCAAGAGGCCAGCCGGAUCGUCAUCGCGGCAGAAGUGGCCGCCAGGUGUCCCAUGGACCAGACGGGAUCAUGGCUUCGUGAUCUCAUCAUGAAAUCUGGAGAGACCACGGACAGCCCUGUCUUUCUGCCUGCUCGAACUCAGAAUGAAAACAGAAUGGCGUCUCUGCGCAUCAAUGGCAAGGCGGAUGUGUUUGAUGGUUGUGAGCUGGAAAAGCAACUUCACGAUUUCGUCCGUGCACGUAUCCUACUGGGGCUUACGGCAAUGGACUCUGAACUGCAGGCUGAGGCAUGUCGGAUCAUUGGUAGCAUUGAGGAGAAGUCAGGUCACCCAUCGGAUGACUUUGCCAACUUCUUGAUUGGGUUGAUCCAUUCAUCACAAAACUGGCUUUGCGACUUCAGACGACGAGCUCAUUUGGCGCGCAUCGAGGACCUGGUCGAUUGUAACCAGCGAUCCAAAGACCCCAGCACGAUCGACUCAACAGUCCACAACUACACAAGACUAGAUCGUGAGCUUGGAGAAUACCUCCAAACCCAACGUGUGAUUGGCAUCGAGCCAGACAAUGCAGAUCUGCAGCGGCAGGCUCGCAUUAUCAUCUACGAUGUCGACGACGAAUGGAACCAGACUGCGGCUGAUGACGAAUGCUGGCUAGCAGGGUUCCGUCAACGACAUCCCCCCAACAGCAUGUCCGCAACCGCAUCUCCAUCGUCAGGCUCACUUGGCAGCCAGGGGACAUCAAAGAAUUCUACGAAUGAUACAUCUGUAGCCUUCCAGGAUAUCACUUGUUUGGGACAACCUCCAUCUUCUCGUUCGGCGUUGGGCGCGGGACCCUAUUUCCUGAACGACGCAAAUUGCUAUCGCAGGUUGAUGCGGGGGCUAAAGCGAUUUGUCACAACGACAAUGUCGGAAAACAACCCCAAUCGGCACACCCCGAGCGACGAAGAACUCCAGCACCAGGCAAGAUGGAUUGUGUAUGACGAUGACGAUCCGUGGAAUCAGACCGCGGCAGAUAACGUCGAGUGGCUCCAGCGAUUCAAGCGCGAGGUUGGCCUCCUGCCAGCAGACUCCGGGCCAGGUCUAACACCAAUAACACCAGACUGGACUGUGCCCCGUGGUGGCACAGGCUUUGCUCCUCCGUAUAUAUACCCCAACCCAGCUGCCGUGAUUACAGCUGGUCCUGAGACUUCAAAUGUGAUCAUGCGGGAGGAGGCCAAGCGCUUCCCAACAAAUGCGGCAACCACCAGCCGCUACAUCGAGACCUUCACCCAGCGAUAUGGUCCACCAGCAAAGAUCUUCUGCAGCAGGGAGCUCGAAUCUGGCCUUAGCGAGUUUGUCAGGCGUGAAGUCUCGCGCUCCGGCCACAUGCCGAGCGAUGCAGCAUUGCGAAAGCGAGCAUGCGACAUCAUGGGAAUGCAAAGGACAUCCUGCGACGACCCAGUUCUGCUUGCCAAGUUUAAGGAGACCAUGCAGCAGUCUCCCUCCUCGGAAGGAUCGGCGGCGGUGGUAUCCGCGUUCCCGAAGCCAAGUGAUGCUGAAGACAUCUUUGACUUUGAGUCUGCUCUAGCACCACCGUUGGUGUCUGUCGGCGGUAACACGAACUUGAUGGCUGAUUUCACUGUUCCUCCGGCCAUGGAGUCGACAAUGGACGAAUUCGCGUUCACAGAACAAGAGAUGACGGAUAUUCUGGACGAGAUCAGCCCGAGUGGCGGCAUUAUUGCAUCGGCCACGGAUGGAUUUGCCAUGCCUCAGCAGCAGCCGCCCAGGAACUUUGUUAGUUCAGCAAUGUUUGGACAAGGUGCUGCGGAUGGUUCUUUCAACAAACUAUUCUAG